CUUCCAUGUUCUCAAAAUGCGUUCGGGUAUUGACUGGAUAUUUCUGCUUCAUGGGUUUGAAGCCUUUAUACUCCAUUGAAGCCACCCUGGCUCGCUUCUCUUGAAUAACUCCGUCAGUCAUCCUGACUUGACUAUGGCGAUUCCCAGUACGCCAUUUUUAUCCGAAUCAGACAGAUUAGAGAGCAGCAUCGACUUGAACAAUGUCGAACUCACGACAAACAAACGAUGGAAUCGAAACAGCCACCCCUGGAAGUCACUCUGGAUCAUGAUUCAAGUUAUUGUUGCUCUUCUAGCAUGCUGGGGAUUUAUCUCUCUGUGCAUCGAGGUGUUCCAGCCGGACAGAACACAGUCGUGCUUGGCCUUUCUGCAUCAAGCCAGGUCACCAAACCCUUACUAUCCCGAAACUCUGCAACCGGGUCUAAACACAUGCGAUUGCGGCAAAACGAUACGGGAGGCUCUGUCCAGAAAAUGUGUCUAUGACAGCCUUGCUGCGGCCUGGUUACCGCCUUACUGUCGAGACGUUGAGCUCACAAGAGAAUUCGAAGUAUCCGGACCUGGGCCAGAGGGCGAAUGGCUCUACUACGCCGACGAGGCAGGCACUAUUCCCAUGACAAUAUCUGAGGUGGCGGAGCUGGGCGAAACGGGCGGUACUUUUUGGGCCUUGCGAGACUGGCAUGUUGCCCACUGCCUCUUCUACUGGCAGAAGUACACACGCAUGAGAGACACUGGCAUCAUCAUGGAGCAGCGAUUUGACCACAUCGCUCAUGUCCGACACUGUCAACACAUGGCUUUGAAGCCAAAACCAAAUCCCACUUUUCUUGUAGAGGUGGAUGUGGUGAUGAACUCAACUUUGAUGAACUAGUUUAUUUGCAUAGCAUACAUACUGCAGGAAAUAUCUUGAAUGAUCCAGUUUCCGCGUGAAGUUGCUAUUGCGUGAUUAAGAUUCUG